AUGGUUCCCACAAACACUUCAAAAAACCCACUGCCAACAAAGGGAGCCGGCAAAGACAAUAGCCACCCAGAUUAUCUUCGUUUGAUCAUGACAGCCAGAGUCUACGACAUAGUCCAACAAACUCCCCUACAAGAAGCUGUCAAUCUCAAUGCCAAACUGAAUGGUACCCAGAUCUACAUGAAACGAGAGGAUCUUCAACCUGUCUUUUCAUUCAAGAUUAGAGGUGCCUACAACAGAAUGGCUCAUUUGACAGACGAAGAAAAGAAGAUUGGUGUCAUUGCAUGUUCUGCAGGUAAUCACGCGCAAGGUGUAGCCAUGGCAGCCAAGCACCUAGGUAUUAAAGCAAAAAUUGUUAUGCCGCUUCCAUCACCUGCCAUUAAAUGGAGAAAUGUUAAGCGAUUGGGAGCAGAAGUUGUUUUGUACGGAAACGACUUUGAUGAAGCCAAGGUUGAAUGCGCUCGUCUGAUGAAGGAAGAAGGAUUGAUCAAUAUCCCACCUUAUGAUGACCCCUAUGUUAUCGCCGGACAGGGAACCAUUGGUCUUGAGAUCCUUCGCCAGAUGGAUGCCAGCAAGAUCUCGGCCAUCUAUAUCUGCGUUGGUGGCGGUGGAUUGGUAGCAGGAAUCGGAAGCUACAUCAAGCGCAUCGCACCUCAUAUCAAGAUCAUCGGUGUCGAGGCAAGCGAUGCGGAUGCAAUGACCCAGAGUCUCAAUGCCAAAAAGCGCAAGGAGCUGGGCGAGGUUGGCUUGUUCGCAGACGGUGCAGCUGUCCGCAUGGUCGGCGAAGAAAACUUUCGUCUGGCCCAAGAACUUAUUGACGAAAUGGUUAUCGUAACAACUGAUGAAAUAUGUGCUGCAAUCAAGGAUGUGUUUGAAGAUACUCGCGCAAUCUGUGAACCUACUGGUGCACUAUCUCUUGCUGGUGCAAAGAAAUAUCUUCAAUCACACCCUGAAGAAAAGAACAAGGGCGCACACAUCGUUAUUGUGUCGGGUGCAAAUGUAAACUUUGACCGCCUGAGAUUUAUUAGUGAUCGUGCAGAGUUGGGUGAGCGCAACGAAGCAUUUUGUAAUGUGAUCAUCCCUGAAAGACCAGGCAGUUUCAUCAAGAUGAUCGAAGAGGUCCAGCCUCGUGCUGUGACAGAAUUUACCUAUCGAUACUCUGAUCCCGUAAAUGCCCAUAUCUAUAUCAGUUUCAAGGUCCAUGACCUUGAUAAUGAAGUAAAGAAAGUGUUGGCUGGCUGGGAAAAGAAUGGCAUGAAAGGAUUUGAUGUUAGCCACAACGAAUUGGCCAAAUCACACGCACGUUAUAUGGUUGGUGGGCAAGGACAGCCUGCAAAUGAACGUGUCUUUAGAUUUAUUUUCCCUGAGAGACCUGGUGCAUUAAUGAAGUUUUUGGUUGGAUUGGACUCUACAUGGAAUGUAUCUAGAUUCCACUACCGUAACCAUGGUGACGACAUGGGCAAGGUCUUCUUGGGUGUGCAGGUUCCUCCUCAGGAUACAAAGUUAUUUGAUGAAUACCUUGUUCGUCUUGGAUACCACUUUGUAGAAGAGACAGACAAUGUGGUUUACAAGACAUUUUUAUGUUAA